CCCAGCUCAUAUAGUCAGCUCAUUGCAUCUCGACACCCACCAAAGUGACUUUGUUAUCCUUAUUUUCCUGCGUGCGCAUAUAAAAUGGCUGAACUCUCUGGUAAAUUUCAACUGAGCGAUGCUGACGAAGACAAUUUCGACAAGAUCAUGGAAGCCGUUGGCGUGUCGGAAGAGAAACGGGCCCGAGGCCGAGCUAUGCGGCCGACGAUCCAAUACUCACGCAACGGAGACGAUUACACGAUGACUUACAUCACCGGCGAUGGCAGGGAACUUGCCCACACUUUCCAGCUGGGCGUCGAACUGGACGAGACCACCAUGGACGGACGCAAAGUCCUGAGCACAUACAAGCGCGAUGGCAAGAACAUGAUCCAGCACGAGAAACAAGAAAACGGACUGGUGAUUGUCUACGAACGCGAAAUCACGGGCGACGAACUUCACGUGCAAAUUUCAUGUGGAGAUCUCAAGGCCCACAGAGUCUUCAAGAAGCUGUAAAAAACGCUAUUAUUAAACCAGUCGUAUAAUAAUAGCAAGACACAUAGAAAAUCAUGUACCCUGCAUAAUUUUGGCGUUAGACGUUUUCAACUAUUUUACAUGCAAAUAAAUGAAAUAAUAAAACGUUUAGCGCUUA